AGAGUACGUCAGAGGCAACUUUUUCCCUUCAGUUUCCACAAUCUGUGCGUAAGUGGGUGUGUCAAAUGUAGGGUAGGCUAGCGCUUGGGUACGCACUCUGAAAAGAAGAAAAAGUUCAUCAUGAGUUUAGUCUGAAACCCGCCCCGGAUUUACAGGAUGGCUCUCUGGACACGAGCGGACAAAAAUGGUCAAUUAGACCUUUUGCUCCAGGACCGCUGGAUUCGGGUAGCGGGCGAAUUGACCAGCGAGACUUUCACAUUAACGGCCGAAGCAGAGAUAAGCGGGCACGCGAACAACUUGCAUUGCAACAGUUCAGCGGACCUACGAAAUGGAAUAUCAAACGGAAACGACCCAGGGUUAACUUCGGGAAAUUCGAACCAUGGUCAAAUCUCGAACCCAGAACAACAUCCGAACCAUGGUGCGCUAGGACGAAGCAGUAGCCCAGCGCACGGGGGCAUCCACAGGGGUCACUACGAAGGUUUUAGCCCAGGCUCUAGCAAGUAUAAUCGUGAUAACGGUACGAACUCUGAUUUUGGCAGCCCGGGGUCCAGUUACGGUAGUCCUGGAUCUAGCUUCAGUUCCAGGCAUGGCGAAACUAACAUCAAUUUGGAAUCCUGCGCAUCGGAAGCUGUGCGCAAAGUUCGAGUUGUAAAACAAGAGUCGGGCGGGUUGGGGGUCAGCAUCAAGGGGGGUCGGGAAAACCGAAUGCCCAUCCUAAUAUCCAAGAUCUUUCCCGGACUUGCAGCUGAUCAGAGUCGAGCUCUUCGGGUCGGUGACGCGAUACUGUCAGUCAAUGGAAAUGACCUCAGGGAGGCUACGCAUGAUCUAGCGGUGCAGGCUCUAAAAAAGGCCGGGAAAGAGGUUACGCUUGAGGUGAAAUAUAUCAGGGCGGUUUCCCCACUGUUUAAGAAGCCGUCCUUGGUAGCAGACCUACCGUGGGAUGGGGUGCGUCCUCAAUCCCCCAACUUCAGUGGCAGUGAGGACUCGGGGUCCCCCAAACACAGCGGGGCCAAGGACCGAAAGGUCAUCCCCCUCAAAAUGUGCUUCAUCAGCAGGAACCUGACUAUACCUGACCUGGAGAACAGGCUCUUGGAACUGCACUCUCCUGAUGGCCAACAUACGAUGGUGCUGCGCUGUAAGGACAGCCCCAGCGCCCACUCCUGGUUCACAGCCAUCCACACCAACAUUGCUUCCCUGCUGCCCCAGACUUUGGCCCACAUCAACUCCUACCUGGGCUCCAUCACCACGGGGUCACACCCCCAACUCAAACACAUCAGCUGGCUGGCAGAACAGGUCCAGUUGGAUGGUGGGCGGCACCAGUUCCGACCAAUCGUCAUGGCACUGACAGAGAAAGAUAUCCUGCUGUUUGAAUCAGUCCCAUGGAACCGUGAAGCAUGGUCCACACCCCUGCUCACACACCCACUUCUCGCCACAAGACUGGUGCACUCUGGCAGUGCCCGCAGUUCCCCGGCGCAGGGGGCAGACCUGGUGUUUGCCACUCGGACAGGUACAGGGCGAGGCAUCGAAUCCCAUGUGUUCCGGGUGGAGACGCACUGGGACCUGUCCUCGUGGACCCGGGCGCUGGUGCAGGGGGGGCAUGCCGCUGCAGAACUGAUUAAGGAGAUCUCCAUUGGUUGCAUGCUGAACAGGCAGGACGUUCGCCUCACGCUUCAUUAUGAGAAGGGCUUCACUGUGACCCGGGAGUCAAGGGAACCUGCAGUGGGCACUGUGCUCUUCAGAUACCCCUUCGAGAAGCUCAAGAUGUCCACAGACGAUGGGAUCCGCAACCUUUACCUGGACUUUGGAGGUCCAGAGGGCGAAAUGGUGUUUGACCUGCACUCUGGCCCCAAGCCCGUGGUGUUUGUUCUUCAUUCCUUCCUGUCGGCCAAACUGUCUCGUCUGGGCCUGCUGACGUGAAGAGGCUGGGGUCAGGCACAUCAAUAAAUAUUCCUCUUUUUACUAUGCAUCAUUCAUCACAAGCAUUCCAAUGUAUAUGUGCUCUUUUUAUGCAUGUACUAUGUUCUUGUCAGGUGAAUGAGUGCUUUUUGUGAAGAACAGAGUAUGUAUUUGUUCAUCUGAGUAUGUGUAAAUGCGAUUGGGUUUGCAAGUUGUUGAUUGAGUGUAAAUGACCAAGAGCAUACUGCCAGUGUGAAUGGGUUUAUACUUUUGCAUUUGUGUUGGCUUUAUAGUGCAUGUUACCCAAAAACAGAUAAUCUAGCACAUUAUCUAAAAUUACUUAUAAUCAGGAUUGCCAACUGUGCCUUGUUACAUGUAGUCAUAAAUGCUAUUUUUAUUGUGUAAAAGUUAUUUGUCUUCAAAAGCUAAUAGGUUUUAAAGCAAAGUAAGCGUUAAACAUGCACAGCAAUAGUAUUAUUCUUAUACUGUAAACAUGUUAUUUCUGUAUUGUUUAUUCUUUUGUAUGUAUAUCCUAUGUUUAGCAUGACUUGACUAUGGAAAAAGUGAUCUUAUUUUGGAGCAUUUACAAAAUCACGGUGUGACACCAGUAACCCCUAUGUUACCUGCCUCAAAGUCACCCUGCCCUCCAGUAGGCUAGCCACACCGCCAAACCAUUGUCCCAUGCUGCCUGAGAACACCACUUCCCUUUACCAUUCCGUUCUGCAUUGGCCUUAAGCCAAGUCUUUCUAUUAGAGUUCAUGAUAUGAGGUCAUACCUAAGCUUCUCUGCCGUUCUGCUCUCUUCUUUUUCUGUGUUUCCUGUGGAAGUCCCUCAUACACACCAUGCAAACAUCAGAUGUACUGUCAAUAGGCAUCCACAGUAAAGUCCCUGAGGGGUCUGGGUCAUGUUUUUGCCCAUAUACUCCAUCAUGGUCAUAUUACAUAAUUAAAAUAAGCAAAAUACUUAAAGAACGUUCAAAGAUGUUCAUUCAGCACUAUAUCUGGGAAAAUGUCAUUUCAGCUGCAUUAUGGCUCAUUUGUCUCAAGCCUUCUCUCUCUGUCUCAUCUUCAAAACAGGCUUCAGGUCCAGUUAGUAAAAGCUUUGGAUACUUUUAAUAGCACAAAUAGGAUGCAAUUAUUUUUGUUUUAUCCCUGUGUAAGCUUAUCAUGCUGUAUGUUACCUCUGGCUCUGAUUGCUACAUUAUGUCAUGGCUCUUAUUCGGACCCUGCUUGACCACAUGAUCCCCCAGCUUGACUUAAUAUGUAAGCAGAUACUGUAAGUGGGGCCUAGUUGAUGCUGCCAAUUGUAUGUCUGAACUCCAUCCCACUUCAGUCUCUGUACUUUUAAUAAUUGGUAGGUAUCAAUACAGAUCUGUCAAACAUUGUUUUUUAAAUGUUUAUCAUAUCUUUGUCUUCCAUUUUGUUUUGAGCAAUGUACUGUUAUUGCAAAGCAUUCUUAUUCAAGAAAGAGUGUUGAACCAAAUGUAUCUGUGGUAGCUUGCGUUUGACACAAUCAUUUAGCAGGACAGCAUUGAAGAAACAUUGCUGCGGCAAACCUGUUAUGCUAAGUAUUUUAGACUUCCAAGCCUGCACUCUAAAAUAUAUAUGCAAUGUAUGAAAAUGUAAUAAUAUAAAAUGUAAAUAUCUAUAAGAAUAAAACCUGUUAAUGCCCAGCUGUAA